AUGCUGUUGGCGAGGAAUGCACAGCCAGGAAGAGACUUACGAAAGCUAGGGAAGCGACUCCUCAGACAGAGCCGUAUACAUAUACGCGAAUCUCUACAGAAAAUCGACGAAGAGUAUGAUUAUCCCGAUAGGUUGGAAGCUCGUGAAACGUUGCUCAUACGUGUCAUCACAACCAUUGGAGAGGUUGUUCAGUUCUCGCCGAUACUCAUGAGUACAAGUGUACGGCUAUUGGAUGCGCUCAAAACUAUUAUAUCCUCGGACAUCUUCAAUGAGCCUGAUGAAAAACCAGUGGUGAAUCCAGCUAUACCAUCCUUUCAACCAACUCCUAUUCCAUCUCGAGAGCAGUCACCAUCACCGCCUAGCACUCGUGCGCCAUCUCCGGCUCCUUCAACAGCGUCAUCGAACGCGGACGAUCACCCAGUAUCCUCACAGGGUGGCCCUGUGAUACCACCAGACAUUGUGAUAGCAGCGGCUGCCAAUCGUAAGGCUCUGCUCACUCCUAGAGUAAGAGCACAUGCAGUUCUAACGAUUGGAAAAUUCUGUCUUAUGGAUGAGAAGGGUAGCCAAAUCUACUAUUCCCGUUUUCGUGAAGCAGCUGAAACUAAACUCGGACCAUGUGAUUAG